AUGGAUCCCGAAGUACAGGGUAUCCUCACUCGGUUCAAGGAUUUAAAGUCUACCUCUGCUCGCCGAGCUGUGUACCAUCUGCUUCUGGAGCAGAUGCACCCUUAUGAAUGGCGUGAUGUGCGUGAUCGCAUGAACCAAGUUUCCUUUCAAAAAGACAUCCUGGGCAGUCUGCCUACCGAGGUUGCUGUGCAAAUUUCUAGACAUCUGGAUUUGUCAGAAAUCCAUAUUUUCCGAAGAGUCUCCAAGCGAUGGAAUUGUCUACUAUCCUCCACGCUAUUCCGUGAUGCUGUGUGCCUUCGAUAUGUCGGACACAACUGUAGAUCCGUUACACUAGAUUCGCCAGAUGCAUUCACACGAUAUGCCAAGCAGCGUAUUCGUUUGGAACGUGGACAGCCGAUCUCUAAAGUCAUCAACCGUCCGUAUUCUCCAAGGUCAAAUGCGGCAGGCUUAGUUGGUCUUGACUUUUCGCAUGGAAGCUAUGCAUGGAUUGAAGACGCGAUGGUCUAUGUCCAUAACCUCCGUUUGAAUACGACUCAGAGCUUCUGCACAGAAAACAGAGAUACAUUUACUGCAUUACGCGUUUCUGAAUCCAUUAUAGCAGCUAUAACAUUGCAUGGGUAA